GAAGGAGGAGGAGACUCGUCCGGAGCUCCCGGCCCGCGCGGGCUGCCCGCACUGCCGCCGCGCCGACACGGGUCCCCGGGCAGAGGAACCACCCCGCCGGUGCCGGCCAUGCCCUAAGGGAGCCCCCACCAUGAGCCAAAGCGGUGCCUCGCGCCUUGCCGGCUCCCCGCCGUUACCGGGGGGCUCUCUGCUGGCCCUGCUGGGCCCGGAGCCCUCCCCGUCCCCCCCCAGCGGGACACCCUCUCCCGGGCCCCCCCCGGCGCUGCUGGAAGGGGACUGGGAAGGGCGCGAGGAGCUGCGGCUGCGGGAGCUGGAGGAGGCGCGGGCGCGGGCGGCGCAGAUGGAGAAGACGAUGCGCUGGUGGUCGGACUGCACGGCCAACUGGCGCGAGAAGUGGAGCAAAGUGCGGGCCGAGCGCAACCGGGCGCGGGAGGAGGUGAGGCAGCUGCGGCACCGCCUCGAAGCCCUCACCAAGGAGCUGGCCGGGCUGCGCCGAGACCGCGACCGCGCCGAGGAGCGCCCGCCGCACGCCCGCCCGCCCGCCAGCCUCCGCGGCGACGGAGCCCAGGCACAGGCUGACCCCGAGCACGAGCCCGUGCGGGACGUGGGGGCUGAGGCACCUCAGAAAGACAAGGAGCUGGAGCUGAUGGAGAACACGGUGAUGAGCAGGCAGGAGGAGGGCUGGGAGCAGCGGGGCCCGCCCCGGGCUGCCUUCAGCCGCCAGGAACGCAGCCGCCUGCUCUGGGACGACGUCAGCGUGGUGGAGGAGGAGGCCACCAAAGUCACUGCCCUCAAGCUGAGGCUGGAUGAGUCCCAAAAAGUGCUGCUCAAGGAGCGGGAGGACAAGCUGGCGCUCAGCAAGAGCAUCGAGAAGCUGGAGGGUGAGCUCAGCCAGUGGAAGAUCAAGUAUGAGGAGCUCAACAAGAACAAGCAGGAGGUGAUGAAGCAGCUCAAUAUCCUGAAGGAGAUCCACCAGGACGAGCUGGGACGCAUCUCCGAGGACCUGGAGGACGAGCUGGGCGCUCGCUCCAGCAUGGACAAGAAGCUGGCAGAGCUGCGAGCAGAGAUGGAGCGGCUGCAGGCGGAGAACGCGGCGGAGUGGGGCCGGCGGGAGCGGCUGGAGACGGAGAAGCUCAACCUGGAGAGGGAGAACAAGAAGCUGCGGGCGCAGAUCGAGGACCUGGAGGAGGUGCUGGCUCGAAAGCGGCGCCAGACGGCCAGUGCCCUGGACACCGACCUCAAAACCAUCCAGGCUGAGCUCUUUGAGAAGAACAAGGAGCUGGCUGACCUGAAGCAUGUCCACACCAAGCUGAAGAAGCAGUACCAGGAGAAGAUGGCAGAGCUGGCCCAUGCCAACCGGCGCGUGGAGCAGCACGAGGGAGAGGUGAAGAAGCUGCGCCUGAGAGUGGAGGAGCUGAAGAAGGAGCUGGCCCAAGCUGAGGAUGAGCUGGAUGAAGCCCACAACCAGACACGGAAGCUGCAGCGGUCUCUGGACGAGCAGACGGAGCAGAGCGAGAGCUUCCAGGUGCAGCUGGAGCAUCUGCAGUCCCGGCUGCGGCGGCAGCAGAGCACCCCGCUCUUCGGCAAGAUGCGCAGCGCCCGCUUCGGCCCCGACGACGCCGGUGAUGGCACCAGCGACCCCGACGAGGACGAGGACCUGCAGAUCCAGGUGCCCUAAAGCCAGGUGCCACCACCACGGAGACGUCCCGAGGAGUUCCUGUGCCCACCGGUGCCCGUCACUGCGGGACCCUCGUAUAGAUGGGGAAACUGAGGCACGGAGCAGCAGGCGGGGAUUUGCCCGAGGACGCUCUGAGCCUGGUGCCUCUGGGACAGUAUGUGAUGCCCCUUGGCCACUGGCAUCUCCUGGGACAUGGAUGUGGCCACCAAAGCAUCACUGAGCAGCCCAGGAGGAGGAAGCACAGGGCAGGAAUGGGCACCGAGCCCUGCAGCCGCCCAGGCUCUCCUGCCCACUGCUCUAUAUGUAUAUUAUAUAUAUGUAUCUA